AUGUCGCAGCAUUUAGUGAAUGAAAACAGUAAAUAUAUCUUGGACUUAUUUUCAGAACAGACAGUAGACCAACAAACACUAGAUUCGAUAUGUACCCAGGUCCAGAAGAAGUUCCCUAAAUCGGAUCAUUUUAAUUUAUGUCUCCUCCUGUCAUCGUUAGUAACAGGUGGGGAUCUCUCCCUGCCUGGACAGCGAGUGGUGGCUCUGGCCAUCAUCUUUGAUAUCUACAAGUUGGACAAUCCAUUUGCUUCAUUGUUCCUGCACCUGCUGGAAGGGAAGGCUGGUCUCCCUCCACUGUCUCCGCAGGAAAGACUACUGAUUGGACAGCUGCAUGGGUUCCUACCUGUUAAUAUUAAAGAUGUUAUGAAGAAGUCUGCAAAACAGGUGAUGCUGACAGAGGUGGCUCCGAAAGACCUGGAAUUUGAUUACUCAUCAUUACAGACCCUGGUUGCGGAGAGGGUUGCAGACAUGAGCUCCAUGGCGAGGGCGGCGGCGCCGGCGCUGAUACCGCUUAGUGAUGGGAGUCCACCAAACCGUAUGGCGAUGAAGGAACUGUUGGAGAACUUGAUAUCCAAUGACUACAUGCCCCUGCACCGUACACUGAAGGCAUCAGGACCUAUCCCACUGCCCACCUUCUUGAUGGACACUGCCGAAAUGACUGCUGAUAAGGCGGUAUGGAAGUGCCUGGUAAACCGUGGAGCGUACAUCCCGCUGUACGACACGGACUACGAGGGACUCGUGGGGCUCCGGCCUGAGAAACUCGACAGGAGGCAACACACCACUCAGCCACAUAAGCCUAAACAAGAAGAGAAAAAAGAGAAACCAGAAGAAAAGAAAGUAGAAGAAAAAGAAGGAGUGAAGGCGGGAACAGAAGCCAAGGAGCUGACGGCGCUGGCACUGCGCGGCGCGCUCAGUGUGCCGCACCAACAGAGACUCCUCGCUCUCUUGGAUCAUGAUCCUAAUAUCGUGUAUGAAAUUGGGAUCACGCCUAACCAGUUACCAGAGCUGGUGGAGAACAACCCGAUGGUGGCUAUAUCCGUGUUGCUGAAGCUGAUCCACUCGCAACACAUCACCGAGUACUUCAGUGUGCUCGUCAAUAUGGAGAUGUCAUUACACUCCAUGGAGGUUGUAAACAGACUGACGACAUCAGUAGAUCUGCCGGUGGAGUUCGUGCACCUUUAUAUAAGUAACUGUAUUUCUACGUGCGAGACUAUCAGGGACCGGUACAUGCAGAACCGGCUCGUGAGACUCGUCUGCGUCUUCCUACAGUCUCUUAUUAGGAACAAGAUAAUUAACGUAAAGGAGCUAUUUAUUGAAGUGGAAGCGUUCUGCGUAGAAUUCUCUCGCAUCAGGGAGGCUGCAGCUUUGUUCCGGCUGCUGAAGCAACUCGACUCGGGAGACGGACUGGCUCACAAGGAGGCCAAGGAUAACUAG